AUGGGCGACCUCCUCGACAAAGACUACCUUCUCUCUUUGGGAGAGAUAGAUCCCGAAUUGAAAGCUUUCCUCGAAAAGGCCAAUCUUCCCCCGACAAACUAUGAUAAUUUGGACGACUUCAAGCUUCUCGUCGAGAAACGAAAUGCAGCCGCCAUGGAAGCUCUGGGACCUUCGCCCCCAGAGAUCAAGACGACUGAAGUCCAGUAUCCAGCAGACGACGGGACCUUGUUGAGGGCCAAGCUGUAUCAGCCAACAACGCCACCCCAGAAUGGAAGUCCCCUUGUGGUUCUCUUCCACGGCGGAGGUUUCUGCAUAGGUGCACCAGAGGGGGAAGAGCAGACAGCUCGAAACUUGGUUCAGGCAUACGGUGUCGUAGCUAUCUCGGCUUCCUACCGACUGGCACCCGAAUUCAAAUUUCCUUAUGCGCCAAAGGAUGCGUGGGCUGCUUUAAGGUGGGCAGCAGCGAAUGCCAAAUCUUGGGGCGCCGAUCCAUCUGCGGGUUUUGUCGUUGGCGGUACCUCUGCCGGUGGAAAUAUCAGUGCUGUUUUGGCCCAUGUGGCCCGCGAUGAGAAACUUUCGCCUCCUUUGACUGGACAAUAUCUUGCCAUCCCCGCUGUACUGCCUCAGGGCAAAGCGCCCGAGAAGUACAAGAAAUAUCUCUUCUCCUAUGAGCAGAACAAGGACGCUCCUGUUCUGCCAGCAGCCGCUGUGGAUAUGUUCAUGAGAGGGUAUCAAGCAGACGACGAUGACGACAUAUGGUACGCCACAUUCAAUCAUCGAAAGGGCCAUGUAGGACUUCCAGCAGCAUUCUUCCAAAUUGAUGGUAUGGAUGUCCUCCGAGAUGAAGCGAUUGUGUAUGAGCGAGUUCUGCGCGAGGAGAAUGGCAUCAAAACCAAGAAGUUCCUCUAUCCCGGUCUACCUCAUGGACAUUGGGGCUUCUUUCCAUUUUUGGAAUCUUCUAAGAAGUUCCGUAAAGAGCAAGUCGAAGGAUUCGGUUGGUUGUUGGGAAGAGAGCCUGAUUGGACCAAUGUCAAGACUGCUGCUGUUUCUGCAGGUGUGUAA